UUGGCAUCACUUGGGAUGACGCUCCAAUUCUGCAGUACGCUAAACUCAAUCAAAACUACAAAAUAAGGUGUAAAGUGAGAGCUGAACCCCCAGCUAAUAUUGAUUGGUUUAAAGGGUCGUCUGUUAUACUUUCAGGUUCUAGAUUUGUGAUAGAAAGUGACGGUUUGGUGGUCCAAGGGGUGAGGAAAGAUGACGGAGGGGUUUACACCUGUAGAGCCAGGGUACCAGAAACGGGGGAGCUAGAAGAACGAGAUAUUCAACUUGAGGUUGAGGAACCCCCUGUUUGGGUAGUAGAGCCUGGAGAUCAGGUUGGGAUAGAACAAGAUAAAGCUGUUUUCCAAUGUCGAGCAGUUGGAUCUCCUCCUCCUAGAUACUCAUGGGUUGGACCUAAUGGAGAAGAUGUUACAUCCAAGGAUGGUUGGAAACAAACUGAAAAUGAAGGAAUUUUAACAGCCUAUCAGGUGUACGGCAAAGAUCGCGGAAUGUACAAGUGUAUUGCUGAAAACAAUGCUGGUAGAAUUGAAUCCACAUUCAAGUUUGAAGUUAUCAUAAGACCUCGUGUACAAGAAUUGUACAAUGCUACGUACAAGGUUGGAGAUGAAAGAGCAGAACUUAGAUGUAUUGCAUCUGGACAUCCUCUCCCUAACAUUGUUUGGAGAAAAUGGUCAAAAAAUGAACCGUAUGUGAAUGGACUACAGCCCGGGGAUCCUAGAAUAAUGGUUCUUGAAGCUAUUGUUGAAGCUCCCCCAUACACAACUGAAGGGGAAACCGAGUGGAAAGAAUCAACUCUAAUAAUUAACAGUGUUAAACGGACAGACGAUGGACUCUAUGAGUGUCAGACAACAAAUCAAGGAGGUUCCUACUUUAAAUCUGGACAUAUGACUGUGGAAUUUGCCCCAACAUUUGAGCAUCAAGUCGUGAAAAAGGAAUGGUCCUGGGAUCAAAAAGAAGUGAACUUAACAUGCUUAGCAACCAGUAUACCUAACGCAACUAUCUCCUGGUGGUAUAACAAGGAAAAGUUUAUCUAAAGAUAUAAAUUUUAAGAAUAAUCAAAAUCUCCACAAAUAAUAAG